AUGCCAACACCGAAGAUAGCCAUUGUGGGUGCUGGGCCUGCAGGUUGCAUGCUCGCCCGAAUCCUAUCAUUGUCUAAUAUUUCUGUCACUGUCUUCGAGAGCGACUCAAGUCCGAACUACCGCACCCAAGGUGGGACUCUCGACUUACACCCAACUACGGGUAUAGCUGCGUUGAAGGACGCAAAUCUCUUCGAGGAUUUUAAGAAGACGGCACGCUACGAUGGAGACUACUAUUGCAUGACCGACAACAAGGCCAAGCCAUUCAUCCAAAUGGGCCAUGGUGGUGGCAGUGUGCGACCCGAGAUCGACCGCGCCGACUUGCGGAAGAUCCUUGCCGAGUCCCUACUACCGGAAGGCACGAUCAGGUGGGGGCAUCGUCUGAAGCGAGUAGAGGAUGGAAGUGUCCUCGUCUUCGAGCAUAGCACUAAAUCCGGCUUCGACUUGAUCGUUGGCUGUGAAGGCGGAUGGUCUAAAGUCCGCAAGCACAUCACCCCUACCCAGCCUUAUUAUUCCGGCAUCGGUUACACCCAGCUGUCUAUUCUAAAUCCUGAGGAGACAGUGUCAGAGCUGUACAAGAUGGUUAAUCGCGGGAAUGUAUUCGCCCACAACAAUGGCGAACAGUUGGCAGUACAACAAAUGGGCGACGGCAGUCUACACAUGAGCUGGAGCGCCGUGCGGGAUGAGAAUUGGAUGCAGUCCUACGGCUACGAUACGAACGAACUCGAGCAAGCACGCCAGGCUAUUCUCACCGAGAUGCAAGACUGGAGUCCCCUGCUUCGCGGAGCCAUCGAAAAGGCCCAGGGCAAAUGCGACUCGAAAGAUCUCUAUAUGCUCCCCGUUGGCUGGCGCUGGGAGCACCAUCGUAAGAUGACCAUCAUCGGCGAUGCUGCGCAUCUGAUGACACCUUUCGCCGGCGAGGGUGUCAAUGUCGCAUUUGACGAUGCUCGGAGGCUGGCUGCGGCUAUCGUGAAGGCAACGCAAGCAGGUGGUGACGCGGAUCAACUCAACAGUCAGGUCACGGCCUUCGAAGAGGAAAUGUUUGUACGGAUGGAGAGGUACCAAAGAGCCACCAACGACAUCAUGAAGGCAUGGAUGUUUACGCCGGGGGAUAUCUGGAAUGUCGUGCCUGAUGCUCUCUUAUGCGUUGUCAAGCUGCAGAUACCGAAGAUUAUGCAUCCAUUGGCGUACUUGGGCAUGCAUGUUUGGUGGUGGGUGCGGAGGAACUUCUUUGUUUAA